AAAGAUCCGCGAUCGUGUGAAGUUUGGCGGUGUUGCUAGUGUCCGAUCACGUCGGCAUAGCUCGAGGGCGUUUACGCGCGCUUCGUUCCCGCUGCUUGCUUACAAGGCGCGUAAUCAUCCACCUGAGAGCCUGUACCUGCUUGCACGAACGCGGGCAGGACAAUGAACGUCUACGUUCUUCUGAGCCUGGCCAUUGUGUUCUUGACAACAUUCGUCGAGAACGCUCUUGCCACAACAUGCACCAGAGAAGUUUUCGACAUAACCCAGUACUUCACUUGCCCGGGACCUGUGGACAGACCAACAGAGCGAUAUUGUUGUGGCACCAAGAAGUUCCGAUACUGCUGUGAUCUAAACAACUACUCAGAUGCCAUUUACAAGCACGGCUACAAAAACAAAGACCGAAACAAGUUAUUUAACGAUGUUCAUUCCCCCAAACGGAUUAUCAGCAAGUCUGUGGGAGUAAUCAUCGGCGUGAUCAUAGUGAUCAUCAUAGCCGUAGUGGUGGUUGUCAUUGUUUCCUGCUUCUGCUGUAGCUGCUGUCUCCUGGCCAGGCGGAGACAGCAAAGGGGCCGAGUCCUUGGAGGCGGCCAGACAGGAGGUGCAGCAGCCACAGCAGCACAGCCCAUGGUGCCUCCAACGGUGACGCCGUACGCUCAGCAGCCGUACCCUCAACAGCCAUACCCUCAGCAGCCGCCAGCCAGCUACCCAGUGCAGCCGGCACCGAUGGUACCUGCCAUGCCUGCUCCUGGGUUUGGCUAUUACGCGUCACCAUAUGGAAAUCCACCACCGUACACGGACACUGUGAUGCCCGUGCAGCAGCCGCCGCCCAUGCAGCAACCUCCGUUCAACCCUAGCUACCCAGCAAAGUGAAGGAGGAGAGUGCAUGCGUGCGGUGUGAAGUGUGACAUCCUGAACCAUGGACUGGCGUCAAGGUUGGUUCUGGGGCAGGUGGCCAGCAUUAGUAGUGAUGACAUUCAGGCUAUGUUUGACACUGUUGUAGGUUUGUCACGUGGUCUUGAUUUACAAAGGAGUGUGCGGGCACAUGAUUUGUCUUUCCUUGUAAUGUAUGCCGAGUAUUGGACUGUAUCCGAACAAGUAGUGGCAGGAGUCACACAGGAGCUGCCAUACUUUGUAGCUACACCCUGACACACACAGUGAUGCACGGGGAGAACCAUUGCGGAAAUCAUGGAAGCAGUUAUUGCACUUAAUGUCCAUUAUUGGGAUGUUGGGUGAACUCGGUCGUCAGUUCAUAUUGCUGUGAAUGUGUAUGCAUUGGCUGUUAAAUGUUCAUGGAAACAAUACUCUGGGAAGCCCUUGUCGUGGAAUUUGUGGCAUUGAGAGCACAGUACCUUCCACAGAAUUGUUGUACAACCAUUUACGUAUCAUGGUGCCAGAUAUCUCCAAUGGUGACACUAUGGACAUGAUAAAAUGUCUACAGACAGUGCAGCAAAUGCACGUCGAGAUGCGUAACAGACUGCAGUACUGUAUAUUGUGCACAUGCUGCGUGCAAUCUGUCACUGUCCUUAAUUUUAGUAGUCUAGCUGUCGGACGUAUACACACGUGGAGACUGUUGGAACUUUUUGGUAUUGAAGGUCAGAACCUCACUCAUUUUUACUUUUAAGACAUUUUGUGAUGUUUUUAGUGAAGGUUUCUCUAUUCUAGUGGCAUUAUGGAGCUCACUUUGUCAUCUUCUUUACAGUGCAAUCAAAUGCUCGGGGAGAAUUCUGUGUGCUGCAAUUUGCCAUGUUUCAGCACAUACUUACUUAAAUCUACCUAAUUUUGCUUUGUCACAGUCAAUUUGUUACUGCCUCUUAAGGUUUCCUCGAUGCAUAGUUUUGAAUAUAGCAGUGAAGAGCGAGCAAGAAAAGUAGAUUAAAUAGCAAAUGGCACUUGCAAGCUCUUAUAAACUUGGCAAAACAAAGAGAUGCAGUAGAUGGAUACUUGUGAAAACAAAGGUGAAGCGGGGUUGGACUUUCAGCAUGGUGCCAGUGUUUUUACAAGUGGAGAUCUUUCUGUCGCAGUCAUUCAAGAGAAGUAUGCUUGCCGAAACAUUGGCACUGGGCUGAGUGUGCACCCAUGCUCGUUAAGUCCAAGUACAGGCCUUGUCCUCCCCCUGUGGUCUGAAAAAAAUGAGUUUACAUCACAUCAGUCGAAGGUAUUCAAAGUGACCUUUGUGUUCUUGCUUCGAAGAAGCUCCCUUUGCAUUCCAGACUAGAAUCCUUUCUUGGAAGCCUUUCUUCUUUGUCAGGGAUUUGUCAAUCUAGUGAGCUUAGGUUGGGAAGAAGUGAUCGUACAAAAAGAGGUAAUGAUGGUUUCAAGAAACCCACUACUGAUGGUAGGGAUUUCACUGCACAAUCCAUUCCAUCGUGAGGGAACAUGCAACCUAGUAGCAUACUUAUAUAUAGCCAGUAAGAGGGCAUAAUUUCAAGCUAUAGGCCAAGGAUUGUGUGCAGUGCAAGAAGUCUGUUGGUGCAACAUAGGGCUAACAAGUGUCUGUACACUUGUUGCACGUGUUCCCACAUGUUUUUUGUUUAACUUACCCCAGUUUGAAACGGGAUGCAGUGAGGCGAGAGUACAGCAAGUUCUGUCCAGUCUACGGCAAUCUUUUGUCCAUUGUAUUCUUGCCACAUAGCAGUCAUAUACAAAGUGCUUUUUGGUUUCACAAACUUGUUUUCUCAACAUAGGUGCAAGGCAGUAUGCUCUCUUCAAACUUAAUGAUUUUAUCCACUUUAGGGCCAUCGAGAACAAUGAAUCGGUUGUUACAGCCAUUGGUAACUCGCAGUCUUGUCUCGACCUUUAUGCAGGGCAUUGGGGAGUGGCUUCAAUUUUCCGUGUAGUUUACAUCAUCAGCUGAGACUCCUCCUUAAAAAAUUUUUUUUGCAUCGUUGUACUCUGACAGUGUCUCGUUAAUGGUCUGCCGUAAUGUUUUAUGGCAGCAAUUUGGAACACACACAGACCAAGUGGCUCCCCUGACUUUUCCACUUUAUAUUUCGGUUGUUGGCUAAAAGGCCCUGAAGUCACCCUCGCCACUACACUGAAGAUGAUAGGUGCGCACUUUAUGCACGUAGGGGGAGGGGGGCUGAGAACAUACAAUCAUUGUGAGACCUCUGUGCUUGUGGUCACCUGUGUUUGCGGCUGUGUUUCUUGCCAAGUUUGUUUUCGUGCCAGAGAACUGUAAAAUACUCUUCAGGGUAGGUCUAAUUCUGUUGACCGCUUACGGGGGCCCACCGUGGUAUGCGCAUUUUGUAAUAGUUAAGUACAGUGAGUCAGAACAGUGAUCGAUGUCUGGUGCAUUUUAACUUGCAGAUAUUGUUGCUACCUGCUGAUCUGCAUUCUGAGAGUUCCUGUUUGCAUUCUUGAAUCUUUUAUAAAGCCUGUGGUGGCUACAGCUAAAGCUGAUGAGUUUGGGAAAUGUUUUUGUAAUCAAAAUGCAGUGACUGAAUGUACCAUUUGCAUCUGAGCAACACAAGGACUGUGACUGCACUUGCUUAUAUUGCGUGUAGCGUACAGCUGCCUUUGAUGCAAAAACUAAUUUUCUUGAAGAACUUCUGCUGUCUUUCAGCAGUUUAUUUAUGUACUGUUUAUGUGUUUGCAGCGUAAUUUUGCUUUAGAAUGACUUGCAAACAUAAACUCCAUGCUGUAGACAUAACCAGUCCAUUCACACAUUUGCAGCCUCUAAAGUGUGCACGAACCAUGCUUCACUACAUACAUGUGAACACUGCAGUAAAUCCCUGUGGUUCACCUCAUUCCCCAAGUUUUGACUAGCACAAAUGGCUGCUCUUAGACUUAUAUCAUGAUGGUGCUGUUAUCUUGCUUUUUGUGUGUCCAACAUUGCUGUGCGAGCAUUGUUUUAGACAUUUUAGCUUUUCUUUUUAUCAGAAAAAGAAUUACGAUGCUUUGUGUUUAGCAUAAUGACCACAUGUGCCAAAUUAGAAGUAAAAAAAAAAAUCUGCCUCUUGUGUGAUUACGGGAAAGAGAGUUGGUUUGCCAUUGUUAGCUGCAUACUUUGUUGGCUUAAUCUUAAUCUUCUGUUAAUCAAUACCUGCACUUGUUUCAUUUGUGUUGGCACUUGCCGCGUUAUCAAUUCGUGCAGUGGCUGGAGUCAUGUUGCGUCGGAGGCUGUUUGGUAAAGAAGUACUCAAUCUUGGCUUUUAGAAUUGGAAAUACUCUUUGGAUUGUGUUUAAUCCAAGGUAUUGAAGGAAAUGAAGUAAAAUAUGUGCCGAUAUCCAGUAGUUGCAUAUCUAGUUUGUCUUAAUGUGUUACAAACACACUGCAAUAAGGUGCCUGCUCUGUGAAUCUUGGGUUUCGACCCAAUAGCACCACCUGAUUUUUUUAUGCUGUGGUAUUAAGACAACGUUUAGGAUGGCCCUAAAGUACUGUUGGCUUGUUUGUUUUUCUCAUGUUGAUCCACAUUGUGGCAGCACACAAAUAUGGAAACUGCAUCUGGGCACGCUAGUGUUGGGUUAAAAACAUUGAAGAGGAUUGGUACUUUUCACGUAAUACAUGUACUGCAUCCCCUUUUUCUUUGCUUGUUUGCUCACAUGAAAGAUUUGGUUGCUGUUUUGUCUGCAAGCCAUUUAGAAUCCUUCGAGGCUAGGUCACCAAAGGACAAUGAACAUGGUUUUGUACAACGACAUGCGUUUAUAUUUUAUGUUGUAUGUGAUUUGUUUAAAAGGUGAUCUAUGCUUGUAAGGAGAAGUGAACUGCUUCUUGUUCUUUUGCUGUGACUGGUUACUAUAUUGAUGUGCUUUUACUUUUAAGGUAAGAUUGUUGCAUAUUCUGAAAUGUGCAAUGUUUCUGUUCUUGCGCAUGGUCACUUACCUUUUGUUGGGCUGGCUGGUCAGCUCAACACAAAACGACUACACCUUAAAAAAAUUUUACACCCUUUAGGAUUUAUCUUGUCGCACAGCAAUAAUGGCCAUCAAGCUUGCGUGCAAUUUGUUUAUUUAAUGCUCUGCAUCUUAUACUUUACCGUUGUGAAUGCUAUGGCGCUCUGAGAUGCACACGGCAUUCCUGACGAGAAAGUUCCUGCACAGCAUUGAAGGACGCAUGUGCACGUGAAAUUGAUGAGGAUCAUUUUUGUAGGACAGGAUAAACCCAAAUAGCGUAAAAAGUUUUUCAUGCUAACCAUUUAUCUUUUUCUUUUUAUUUGCAUUAAUAGAUAAUGCUCCUCUCUCCCUUCCCCCAUCUCCCCAAGGUCUUCAAUGCCUUUUGCUAGUCAUUCAGUUCUGACAAUUGCGGCAAACGUUUUUGUUUCUUAAGCCUGCUUUCUUAGCUGAAAGUGAUUCGUAAUUUCAUGACCUGGAUGUUUUCCUUCAUGUGGUUUUCUGGUCUGUGUAUCGGAAGUAGGAAAGUUGAAAGCACUGUAACAAGAACAAAUAACACAUGUGCCAUUUAAUUAUACACAAACUACUUGACGAGGUUUAGAAUUUCUAUCAGCCGUGUUCACAUCUACCUUUGUCAGUUAAUUGACUGCAUGGUACGUUCACUUUUCAAAAGUUUGUGUUCAGAAUGCCAAUUUGUCACAUUGUUGGUGGUUUUUGCUCCAAUAAAAUGUAUACAAGAAA